CCAACGGUCACUAAAUCUUGAUAAUUAAUGUUCAUUCAUGAUAUUGUUAUGGAUCUCUUAGUAUGUAUAUAAAACCCUUCUUUCUUUCAUAUGACUAGUUAUGUAUUCAACAAGUUUUGAGUCAAGUUUGGGUUACAUGAACUUUGGAAAACAAAGCCAAUAAUCAUAAUAAUACAAAAUUAUAUCUACUUUCAAUAAUUACUUAACAAUAGCUACUUAAUAACCAAGUAACUUGAGAAAACCCUCAUUCUCAAGCAUGCCUCCUACUUUAAUACUUGUUCGUCAUGCUCAGGCUGAACAUAAUGCUACCAAAAACUUCUAUAUACCUGAUCCAGAUCUAACCGAGGAGGGGCAUGCUCAAUGUGCAGAUCUACGGAAAAGCCUCAUGGAAAACCCAUUGGUUCAGCAAGCCGAACUCAUCAUCACUUCACCAAUACGCAGAGUGGUACAGACUGCUUUACGGUCUGCGGAUUGGCUGCUAGAGAAGGGCAUCAAAAUAGAAGCUGACGCCAGUUGGCAAGAAAACUCCCCUAAGCCAUGUGAUACGGGGACUCCCGUCGACAAACUCGUACAUGAGUUUCCCAACGUUGAUUUCUCCAAGGUCGACCCUAUCUUUCCAGACAAGACGUCGCCGGCGGCUAGCCAUUACCACUUCACCAGAACAGCCCUUAUAGCACGUGCCCAAGCAGCCCUGAAGAGGUUGUAUGAACGGCCAGAAAAGGUAAUUAUGGUCUACUCUCACUCCGCCUUCCUGCGACUAGCCGUCUCGGGUUAUUGGUACUUCAACGCCGAUUACCGCAUCUUCGAUUUUGCAUCAAUGGACGGUCCCAGAGACUCUUACCGUUUAAAGCAACACGAGUCCACGAGGGAGAGUGGAGGAGGAUUGGGUCGGAGCUGGAUUGAUCCUAUAGUGCUUGGCUCGGAGCUACCAGAUGAAGAACCGGCUGUCGAAGGGGACGGAAGCGGGAGCGGGAGCGGCGACGGGAACGGGAACGAACGUGAUUAUUAAGUCUGCAUAUUACCUAAGCACAUAGUUACUUUUUUUUCCUUUUUGUCAAGACUUGACUUCCAUUACAUGACAGUAGGGAGGUAGUUAUGUACUCAUAGCGUUGCGAUAGAUAUGUAUCUGAUUAUUCCCAGCGUCAUCAACAAGUUCAAGCCAACCAAACUUGGAGAU